AUGUCUCUACCCGUUCUCUCACGGCCCCUUGCCGACCCGCCGACGGGUGCGUUGCCUCCCAUUCCUUCGAACAAACCUCCUCGAAAGAGUCUCCCUCAGAUAACGUCACGGUUAAAGGCACCGUCAAGAACUACGACACUAUCUCCUCCGCCAGUGGCGUCCACAGUCGAUCUAUCCUACCCAAAACCUAGCGAAAGAGCUUCUGGGAUCUCGCCAGGGAAAUCCGUUCGCAAGACAGUGAGCAUUGGUUCAUUCCCACAACCACCCAAUGCGGCCUCACGUCCCCCUACAUCGGCCUCAGCCGCCUCUACGACAUCGACAAGGAAGAGGACAUCCGACGGCACCGGCUCCACCGUACAACCCUCCACGAUCAAAUCCAAGAAAUCGCCCAAAGCAAGUCUUGCUGCGAGUUUCAUGACAUCCCAGACCCCGAGCUUGUUGAACUCAACUGGUGAUGGCAUGACCAUAUCAACCAAGGCAGCGAAUAGGAUAUCUGAUGCGCAGUCCAGCAUUCAUUCUCUCCCUCAGAGCCGAAGCUCUUCGGCCAAUGGCUCGUACUCCACUAGCGCCACCACAAUUGAAGAGGUGGAUGACGACAGUCGAGGUCGUACCAAAGACUUGGACGACACUACGAUGGAUUCCAAACAGAUAUCCAAAGGGAAGGAAAUCAAGGGCAACGUGAUCGUCAGUGUUCGAGUGCGCCCGGACCCAGGUACCCAAAACAACUAUCAAUCUGAAGAAGGGGAAUGGAUGGUAGACGGCCGAAGAGGCCUGGUGGCUUGUCGUGGGAAAGACGGUGGAGAUUACCACUACGACAAUGUGUUCACCACUUACGACGACAAUGCCAAGGUGUACGAUGCUUCCGCCAAACGGCUGGUUCGUCGAGUGAUGGAAGGCUACCACGGAACAGUGUUCGCUUAUGGCAUGACUGGGACAGGAAAGACCUUCAGUAUGCAGGGCACCAUGUCGAGUCCGGGCGUGAUUCCUCUGGCUAUUACCGACAUUUUCUCAUACAUCCGAGAAACUCCCCACCGAGAGUUCCUGCUGCGCGUCAGCUACCUGGAGAUCUACAACGAGAAGAUUCAUGAUCUGUUGGCAGUUCCAGUAGGUGGUGGCGUUGGCGGUGGUCAGCAGGAAGAAAUCAAGCUGCGCGAAGACAACAAACGAGGCGUAUAUGCCACGCCUUUAAAAGAGGAAAUCGUUCAGAGUCCAACUCAACUACUUCGAGUCAUCCACCGCGGAGACACGGCUCGCCGUACGGGAAGCACCCAGUUCAAUUCGCGGAGUUCGCGCAGCCACGCUGUUGUCCAGAUUGUGGUCGAGAGUCGAGAACGAAUCCCCGGAGCCGGGGCCAUGCAUGAGAAUGGCAAACGAGUUGCGAUGUUUCCGGGCGGUGUACGCGUCUCUACCCUCAGCUUGAUCGAUCUUGCCGGCUCCGAAAGAGCGGCAGAUGACAAGGAGCGCCGGGCGGAGGGCGCACAUAUUAACAAGUCUUUGUUGACAUUAGGCACUGUUAUUGCCAGGCUUUCUGGCAACAGAGACAAGAAUGGAAACCCCACGGACAAGGACGGAAAGCAUCUACCUUAUCGAGACAGCAAACUUACCCGUCUACUACAGCCGGCACUGUCCGGUAAUUCGUUGGUGUCGAUCCUCUGCACGAUUCAGAUUGGAGCUGGCUUGACCGUGGCGGGCAACAACCACACGGCCGAGACUCUCAACACGCUGAAAUUUGCCGCUCGAGCCAAGAACAACAUUGUCAGUCAUGCAAAGAAGGCGACCGAAGAAGUGGGCAGCGGCGUCAAUGCCGGUUUGUUGGAGCGUUAUCGGACCGAAAUCCAGACUCUACGAGCUCAGCUGGAGGGCCAGCAAAAGUCGGCGGACGAAAAAGAAGAACGACAGAUUGAGCGAGAGGCGGAACAACGGCAUGAGGAGCAGAUGUUGGAGAUGCAGUUGGCGAGGACGGCGCUCAAAGAGCGGAUCGAACACCUCAACCGGCUGAUCCUGUGCUCCAAGUCAACGGGGGUCAAUGGCGGGUCCGUUUCGGCGCUGGGAAUGCAUUCCCGUCUUUCUGGAGGAACGGAGUACGCAGGCUCGCGGUCUGUCCGGUCCUCGGCGAGUCAAUCCACCCUGGGAGUCAGCUCUGGGCUCCGGCGAUACCCCUCCGGGGCGUCUCUGGGAGGUGCUCGGUCAAAUUCAGGUCACCUAUCGUUUGCAACCAUACCGGACGAAGAUGAAGAGGGUGGCGACGAUUACGGCGAUGGUCGAGCCACGCUGCAAGCGCAGGUACGGGCAUUGCAAGCUGAUCUCCAAGAUAAGACCCGUUAUAUCUCCACGCUGGAGAAGAGACUGUUGCAAGCACGACGAUCGAGCCACUCACGGGUCUCGAUGGCGUUUAACAAGAGUCCGGGAGAGGAUGGCGACAUCUGCCGGAAACUGGAAGAAAAGGACGCCAUCAUCUCCGAUCUUCAGAGGACGGUGGCGGCGCUUCGGUCGGCGGUGCGAAAGCGAGACAUGGCGGAGCUGACGCCGGAGAUGUCUUCGUCGGAAUUCAAGCACAACCGAGCGCAGGAGGGCCAUCAGAGUAGCGGCAGCAACGGCAGUUCUCAAAUGAGCCAUAGUUCGACGCCAGCGGGAUCGGCAGGGCCGCGAUCGCCAUUGGCGACCAGUCCAUUGGCAUUGUUGUCGCCCCAGAAGGCGAUGGACAAGAAACGCAAGACGGUGGACGAGAUGUCAAAGAUGUUGGAUGAGAUGAUCCAGGACAAGGUGGAAAGUGGGCAGCUGAUCAAAGGGCGCUCACCGUCGCUGCGGCUACCCUCACGAAGAUCGUCGUUGCAACGACACUCCCGGCGGACGUCGAGUGUGGGCACGGGAGGGCCAGCGAUGAACAGUCUCGUUGCAUCCCUGAGGGAACGGGAUUCCACCAUUGAACCGGGGGAAGGAGUGUGA